AUGGAAAAGAUAAAACGUCCAAAAGGAUACAAGCGGAGAAAUGGAUCAGGGAAAUCAUUGAUAGCCCCCAAACGUACUAUGGGUACGGUUGCAUCGAAGUUUAUCCCUCAAGAAGAAGGAUCACAACAGACACAAACACAAACACAACAACCGAGAUCUAUUUUGGACGAUGACGGUGAAGACGAUGGUGAGCUACAGAUAUUAACAAAGGAGGGGUUUGAAGAGAACAUCAAGCUAGUUACCAACAAUAAAAUCACAAAUGACAACACUUGGAAAGUUCCCAUUAUAGACUACUUCUAUGACAUGAAUCAUAUGAGGUCGAUGGAUGGUGUUAGCAUUGAUUUUCAUGUUGCCUCUACAACAUUAGACGGAUGUAUGAAAGUCAUAUCUAAAAGAGUUGACUUAGUUGCCAAAGAUACCUAUGAGCUGGUUGAUUUUUUCAGUAACGAGAAAGAGGGGGAGGGGAAGAGGAAGAGAAAUGUGCAUAACAGUGACGACGAAAAUGAUGCUGAUGAUGAUGAUUAUGACGAUGACUAUAUUGAUGCUACGAAGAAAAAAAAUACCAAGAAGACGGAGGAAAUAUUGGGUAGCAUUACUAGAAUGACAGGGCUAAUCCAACAAAACACAACUACUGACCCGGUUGUUCGUAAAUUAUUAUCAGAGUUUGAUGAAGGUGGUGCAAAAUCACUACUACUAAACACCUCGAGAAUGAAAAGUAAUGGUAAGGUGAUGCUAGAUGAUGCUUUUAAUACAGCAACGGUUGUCUCUGUAGAAGAGGACGAAGAAAUGACCAAAAUUGGAGAAACUUCAAUGAUAAAAACUGAAGAUGAUGAAUUGGAAAAAUCCUUUUUGAAUAUAAAAGAUGAAGGUAAAGAUUCUGAUCAAUCUGAAAAAAAAAUGAAUGUGACGGAUCCCAAAGCGGAUCCCACCUUUAAGAUCGAAAAUGAUGUUCAGAUAUUGAACUUGAUAGACAGCUUCAGACCCACUAUUGAAAGCGGAGAAUUUCAGAAUGCCACCAUAUGUGACGAAAUAAAGGAUAUCAAGUCAAGUGUCGAAAAUUUAGAUUAUGGUACGGAAUACCUGAAUAAGCUAAAUGAACGGAGAGCACAAGACUUGAAAGAAGAGAGUGAUGAGUUUCCAGAAUUUAAAGUUGAAUAUGAUUAUGACAUUGAUAAUUUUGAUCUGAACGAUCCGAAUCAAGGCAAUAAUGGUAUCAAUAACGAAGCCGUAUCAUUUGAUUUACCUGAGGAUACGGAAUAUAAUUCGGGUCUGAAUGGUGUUGGUGAUGAAGUUAGUUUUGGCAAUGGUCAAAUGGAUAUUGAUGAAGAGUCUUACAACGUCGAGGAUAUAAUAAAGAAGGAAACCUUACUUAUGAAAGAGUUGGAUAAACGAGGGAACUCCAGAAAAAGACAAAGUUAUUGGAAAAUUCGUACUUUGAAUUCCAAAUCAGGUGUCAUAUCAUCAUCCAAAGUUGCCGGAGAAACUGAGAAUACAGAGAAAGGAAACGGAACGGUACUCCAGAAACACAAGAAAGUAGCUCAGAAACCUGAGAAAUCGCAAUAUGUUAUUGAUUUUAUGAAUGAUACCCCAGACAGCAACUCGAACGUUUUAUUUGUGCAAAGGAACGCAAAGCCAGUUCCCUUAAACAGGGUCAAUGUCGAAUUAACUACAAUACCUGACGAAAAGACGUGGAGUUCCGAGCGAUUAGUUACUGCAUUUAUUAAACCUAAAAGAAGAUUCAGGAACAUAUUCACAAAAAAGUCCACCUCUUCAAGAGCUGCGCUAUACGCAGACAGAGAAUUUUGGGCUGCUAAAUAUAACGACAAAGAAGUUAUGCCUUCGGAAGAAAUUGAUGAGGAUGUUGCUGACUUUUUGUACGAUGUCAUGGAUAAAACUGACAGUGGUGGUAAAAAGGAAAGUCCACAUGAAGAUAAUCUUCCUGAUUUUGCAAAUGAAUUUGAUGCUGGGGGGUACGAUUUUGAUGCACCAAUGGAGGAUAAUUUACAGUCACAAUCACAAUCAACACCGGGUGCUAAAACAGAGACUAUUCCUGCACGCAAAUCUAGCUCGUGGCAUCAGGAUCAAAUCCAUUAUGAACGGAGGUCGAAAAAGAUAAACAUACGUGCAUUAAAGAAAAACAUAUGGGAUGUAACACAAGAACAAGUAAGUUUGCACCCAGAUCUAAGACUGUCAGAGAUAGUUAAAGACACAUAUGAGAGAUAUGAAGGCCAAGAAAGGAACGAGUUGUCCACUUCUUUCUUUUUUAUUUGCAUGUUACAUAUAGCCAAUGAAGAAGGACUCAGCAUCGACAAGACAGACAAUCUGGAUGACUUAAUUAUACAUGCUCAGCCGUCAUCAACGCCAAUCUUAUAG